CCACCACAGCACCACAAACCCACACGAUUCCUCUCCGCGUCCUCGGUCGCCGCCGCCUUCAGACGAGCUUCCGCCCCGCGCUCGAUCGGGCACAAAGCUCCAGCAUAUUACCCCCCGAUCCGGGGAAGGUCCGACUCCCAAUUCGAUCCAGAGCCCCCAAAUUCUGUCUAGGGUUUGGUCUCGGGCCGAGGAUCUAGGGUUUGCCGGGGGAAUUUUGGGCAAUUCGCGUCGAUUGCUAGGGUUUGCGCGCGCGGAUCAUGGCCGCGGGCCGCCACGGUGGGUACCGGGGCUACGAGGUGGCGAGGGAGCGGGAGUCCGAUCUGGGGGCUUCUAGGAGGGACAAGGAGUACCAUCACCGACAACCCAGCCGCCACCGCGACUCGGAUCGUCGUCGUGAUGGCGGCCGGGGCAGGGACCGGGAGCCGUCAAAUGGGUACGGCCGCCACCGCUCGCCGCACCUGCCACCGAAGAUCCGCCCCUCUGGGAGGAGGGAGGAGAGGGAGCCCGGCGAGGUUUCGAGCGGCAGUGGCUCGGAAGAGUCUCGUGGGCGCCCUCUCAAGGCAAGGGAGCCGAGCCUGAAUGGCGUUGCUGGAGUCGGUAGUGAGGGUGGUGUGCGUUCCCCAAGUAGGAAAAGGAAGCACUCACCGAUUACUUUGGAUAGGAAUGGAUCUAAGCCUCGCAUUCAAGAUGUUGUGAGGAGCAUGGAAGAGGUAGGCAGUGUGGCUGCUGAGCUCCCAGGUGUUAGCACCCCGGGCAGCAUGGAUUUGGAUGUGCCAAUUGAUGUGCAAAAGGUUGAAAGAUUGCAAGAGCAUGAUAGCAAUGGUAUUGUUGUGGAAGAUGAGGAGGGGGAGGAUGGUUAUGCCGCAACGAGAAACAUUAUGACUUCACGGUGGGCAGGUGCUGAUGACGAGGAAGAGAUUGUGCCCAAGAAGAAGAAAAGUGUGUCACCAGAACAAGGGUCCACGAAGAAGGUUACAAGCCCAGAGCUUGGAGACCCGAGGGGGAACUCCUCUGUGUCUUCUGACUCAGGGGUAGUACGGUGUAGUCCAAAUGGGGAUGUUGAGGUAGAUAAGGGUGAUCACACUGAUGCUGAGGAGGAUGCUGGCGAGGAUUCUUCUGCUCUUUGUACGGUGCAUACUGUUUCUGAGAGUCAUGCAUCUAGGUCUAGAACCCCACAGACCGCAGGCUCCUCGCGUAGAUGCAUUAACAUGCUUCAGGGUUGUAGGAGUGUUGACGAGUUCAAGAGGCUCAACACCAUCAAUGAGGGUACAUACGGAAUUGUAUCUAGGGCGGAGGAUAUGGAAACUGGCGAGACUGUUGCAUUGAAGAAGGUCAAGAUGGAGAAUGAACGAGAAGGUUUCCCACUGACUUCUCUAAGGGAAAUAAAUAUCCUGUUAUCUUUCCAUCACCCUUCAAUCGUGGAUGUUAAAGAAAUUGUUGUUGGGAGUGGUGAUAGCACUUACAUGGUGAUGGAGUACAUGGAACACGAUCUUAAGGCGGUCAUGGAGACUAUGAAACAACCAUAUAGUCAAAGCGAGGUCAAAUGUUUGAUGCUUCAGCUGCUAGAGGGUGUGAAGUAUCUUCAUGACAAUUGGGUAAUUCACAGGGAUCUCAAGACAUCUAAUAUUCUCUUGAAUAACCGUGGUGAGCUGAAAAUAUGUGAUUUCGGGCUCUCUCGUCAAUAUGGCAGCCCAUUAAAGCCUUACACUCAAUUGGUUGUCACUUUGUGGUACAGGGCUCCAGAAUUACUGUUAGGAGCAACGGAGUAUUCUACUGCUAUUGAUAUGUGGUCCAUGGGAUGUAUUAUGGCAGAGCUCCUGACAAAAAAGCCACUAUUCGAUGGGAAACGCGACAUUGAUCAACUGAGCAAGAUAUUUAAAAUGCUUGGUACACCCAAUGAGGGUAUAUGGCCUGGUUAUUCAAAAUUACCUGGUGCCAAGGCCAAAUUCCCCAAACAACCGUACAAUAAACUAAGGGAAAAGUUUCCAGCUGUAUCUUUCACUGGCGGGCUGACCUUGUCAGAAGCUGGAUUUGACCUGCUAAACAGAAUGCUGACGUACGAUCCAGAGACGCGCAUAUCAGCAGAUGCUGCCUUGAAGCAUGAAUGGUUCCGUGAAGCACCCCUGCCUCAGUCGAGGGAUUUAAUGCCAACAUUUCCUUCUCUGAAUGAAGAAGAUAGGCGUAUGCGAAAACGUGUGAAGAGUCCUGAUCCUCUGGAGGAGCAGCGGAUGAAAGAACAAGGGAGCAUAGGUGAUCGUGGCAUUUUUGGCUGAGCUUAAACCAUGUCUUUUGGUUUGCAGAUGUUCAGCGUGAAUCAAUGGAAGUGCAUGUGUUCCAAGGUGAGAUGUCCACAGGACAUGAAGUACCUCGUCUUCUUGGUGUCUGGCAACGGCGGAUGGUAUUCUUUAGCAGGCAUUGGCACAGACUGAAAGGGAUAAGAUAUCUCCUUUUGUUCCAUGCUAGGCACUAUCAUUUACAGGGUUAGCUCUUUCUGAACUUCUGGUCACACUGAGCUCUUUCUCAUGUUCUGGUCACAAUCUAAUCCACCUGUCCAUUGUAAGGUGUGCAAAUCUUAUAGAGCUGCGUCGUAUGGUCUGGCCUGUUCACUGCUGUUGGGUACACCAGUUUCACUUCUGAAACUCCUGUAUGUAAAGUACUAUAAAGUGAUUCCUGUAAACAAUCAUUAAUGAUAUAUUCUCAGUUCCUCAA